CUUGGCGGCGACUCAUAAGAACCCUUGUAACUUUUCUAAAGUUUUCCUUCUGGUUAUUCUGUGAUUAUAGUAUCUUUAAGAUAUAAAGUGAUAUGAUAACAGAUAAACACCACAUGCAGCUCACUGCUCAAUAGUCAAUAUUGAAAAGUCUAAUAUAUAAAAAUUAACAAUGAAAACUUCUAAAAUUGUCCCUGUUAAGAAACAUACAAUGCUAGUCAAUCGUACUGCAGAAAUUAUAGAAUCAAGAUCAAAACUUCCAAUUAUCGGUGAAGAGCAGAUAAUCAUGGAAGCAAUUCAAGAGAAUGACGUUGUAAUUGUUGUUGGGGAAACAGGAAGUGGUAAAACUACACAACUGCCACAAUUUUUAUAUGAAGCUGGAUUUUCGAGUGAAAAUAAAUUGAUUGGUGUCACAGAGCCCAGGCGUAUAGCUGCAAUUUCAGUAUCUAAGCGUGUAGCUGAAGAACUUAAUUUGUCUUCAGAUAUUGUUUCUUAUUUAAUACGUUUUGAAGGCAAUGCAGGACCCAGUACAAAAAUUAAAUUUAUGACUGACGGUGUAUUAUUAAAAGAAAUUCAAAGUGAUUUUUUAUUAAACAAAUAUUCUGCAAUAAUAUUGGACGAAGCUCAUGAAAGGCGUAUUUUCACCGAUAUACUAAUUGGAAUAUUAUCUCGUAUUAUCCGGUUACGAAUUAAAAGAAACAACCCUCUUAAGCUUAUUAUCAUGUCAGCUACACUUAAAAUUGAUGAUUUUUCAAAAAAUGAAAAACUUUUUUUACAACCACCUCCAAUUAUUGAAUUGAGUUCGAGGCAGUUUCCAGUAACUAUACAUUUUAACAAAUAUACUCCAUUUGAUUAUUUAGCUGAGGCUUAUACUAAAGUGUUUAAGAUUCAUACUAAACUUCCAUCUGGAGCUAUUUUAGUAUUUGUGACAGGAAAAUUAGAAGUUAAACAAUUAGUGACUAAACUCCGUAAAACAUUUCCUUACAAAGACAAUAUAUCGAAAAUAGCAUACAAAAAAACUAAAAAAGGUGUAACUAAGUUUGAGUUAACUGCGCCUUUGCCAGAUAUUAAUUUAGACGAUUAUGAUAUUGAAAUGCAUUCUGAAGAUGAACUAGUGCUGUCAGACAAUUCUAGUGAUUAUGAUAAUGAUGCCGAUGAUUGUAAUGAAAUACCAAGUAAAAUGUUGAGAUCUACUAAUUCUCCUCUUUGGGUUCUACCACUUUACUCUAUGCUACCCGCUAACAAACAGGCCAAGAUUUUUGAACCUCCACCUGAAGGUUGUCGAUUAUGUGUUGUAAGUACUAAUGUGGCAGAACUAUCAUUAACUAUACCUAAUGUUAAAUAUGUGGUUGAUACUGGGAAAACCAAAAUCAGAGAAUAUGAUCCAAUAACUAGUAUUUCUAGAUUUUCAGUAGUUUGGGAAAGUAAAGCAUCUGCUAAUCAACGAGCGGGACGGGCUGGAAGAACUUCCCCAGGACAUUGUUAUCGGUUAUUUUCUUCUGCUUUAUUCAAUGAUGAGUUUCCCGAAUGGAAUUUGCCAGAAAUUCUAACUACUCCUAUUGAUAAUGUGAUUUUACAAAUGAAAGCUAUGAAAAUUGAUAAAAUAAUUAGUUUUCCAUUUCCAACACCACCAGAUAAACAAAUCAUUGAUGAAGCUGAGAAAAGAUUAAUUUUACUUGGAGCUUUAGAACCAGAUAAAAAUUUAACUGAAAUUAACAAUAUUACAUCUCUUGGUAAAAGUAUGGCAGCAUUUCCAUUAUCUCCUCAUUAUUCAAAAAUGCUAUGUUUAUGUAAUGACCGUCAUCUACUACAGUAUAUGUUAUUUAUAAUUUCGGCUAUGUCUGUUCAAGAAUAUUUACCAGGAGAUGAUGUAGAAGCCUGGAAAAAAACAAAGCUUUCGUGGAUAAACAAAGGCGAACAUUUACUUUUAGGUGAUCCAAUGGUUAUUUUACGUUCUAUGGGUGGAGCCAACCAUGCAAUGAAAAAACUUGGUUUAGGUGGUCUACAAGAGUAUUGCACAAAAACUGGUUUACAUCAGAAAUCAAUCUUGGAAGCUUGGAAACUUAACAAUCAAUUAAUAACUCAACUUAAUAUGAAUGUUCCAUCAUUAAAAUUGGAAACUGAUGUAGAAAUGAUUCCACCAACACCCAUUCAAGUGAAACAAAUGAGACAAAUCAUAUUGUCAGGUGUGGUAGAUAAAGUUGCUAGGAAGUUAACACCUGAAGAAUUAAAAAGAAACAAUAUUAGACCAAGUAAAUCAGCAUACUACUCAUCAAAUAUAACAGAAAUUAUUUACAUCCAUAACAGUAGUAUAUUGAAAAGAAGUAAACCAGAUUGGUUGGUAUAUCAGGAUAUAUUUGAAGUAGAGAACAAAAUGUACAUUAAAGGAAUUACUGCUAUUGAGCCAGAAUGGUUACCAAUAUAUGCUACAAAGUUGUGCAAAACUUUAAAAAUAUUAGAUGAACCCAAACCUAGAUAUUGUGAUGAAACUGGAAAGAUGCUAUGCACAAUCGAUGCAACCUAUGGACACGCUGGUUGGAGAUUACCACAUGCAGAAAUUGAGUUUCCAGAUGUGGAAGAGAAGUAUUGUUGGCUAGCUUUCUUUAUACUCAAUGGUAAAGUGUUCCCAAAACUUGUUGAUUUUACUCAGCAUUUGUUAUCGAAACCUGAUCUUUUAUUAAAGCCUCAUAUGAGAUAUUUAAAAGAAUCAUUUUACUUAGUUCCACAAACUUUGCAAAAAAAAAAUGAUGACUCGGCUAAGAAAAUCGCAGAAAGUUGGAGCACAAAUUCAAACUAUUUAUUGGAUGAAUAUUUGAAUUGGUUACCCAAAACGGCACAUAAGGAGGUGAAAUCUAUAUGGCCACCUCUAUAAUGUUUUAUCAAUUUAACACAAUAUACUCCAAAAAAAGUAAUUUUUCAGGAAUUUAGCUCUUCAUUUGUUCAUUGAUUCCAUUAUCCUCGUUAAUUAACAUUACACCUGAACUGUUUUGGUUGAUAGUUGAUUUUUUUGGUGUUUGUUGUUUUUUCUAAGAAUGAAAGUUAUUAACAAUUAACGAUUUGUAAAUAACCUUAACAAAAAUAAAUAAAUUACUUUUUCUUUCAUAACGUUUCUUAAUCCAGUAGUUUGUGUUUGGCUAAUAGAUGUCAUCAAGGAUAAUGUAGGUGCUGAAAG